CUGCUAUAGAGCACUCAGUCUUUCUCUCUCUACCCCUGCAUUUUUCAGACACCCCAUCCUCUCUUCCAUUCUUCAUCCUCUCCUUCCUCUUUCGAUUGCUUGGUGACCUCUGGUCUGCUUGUCACUUUUUGAGCCCUUUGACCUUUAACCCCAGGGAGUGCCGGGAGACCAGCAAUUCCUCAGGACAAGAUGCCCCUGACCCUCCCCGGUCUCCCUCGUCUCCCUCGUUGUCUCCCCCGCCUCCCGUCUCUUCCCAGGCUGCAUGGUGUGCCCAUGCCCCAUCUGCCCAUUCCGCCUGGCCUCUGCCAGGGGCCUCAGAGGCUGCUGCUGGACUGCACCUCUGUCCUGGACCAUCUCCCGGUCUCAGGUGUGUGUGGAUGCUGUGGGGCUUUGAGACCUCGCUAUAAGAGGCUGGUGGACAACAUCUUCCCAGAGGACCCAGAGGAUGGUCUCGUGAAGGUAAACAUGGAGAAGCUAACGUUCUAUGCUCUGUCAGCUCCAGAGAAGUUGGACCGUAUCGGAGCCUACCUCUCCGAGAGACUGUCCAGAGACGUGGCCCGACACAGAUACGGAUAUGUGUGUAUAGCCAUGGAGGCGUUGGACCAGCUGUUGAUGGCGUGUCACUGUCAGAGCAUCAACCUGUUUGUGGAGAGUUUCCUCACUAUGGUCCGCAAGCUGCUGGAGGCUGACAAACCCAACCUUCAGAUACUAGGAACCAACUCAUUUGUGAAGUUUGCCAACAUCGAGGAGGACACUGCGUCGUACCACCGCAGUUACGACUUCUUCGUGUCGCGUUUCAGCGAGAUGUGUCACUCCAGCUACGAAGAUCCCGAUGUACGCACCAAGAUCCGUAUGGCAGGUAUCCGUGGUCUCCAAGGUGUGGUAAGAAAGACAGUGAGGGAUGAGUUGCAGGCUAACAUAUGGGAGCGUCAACACAUGGACAAGAUAGUCCCCUCUCUACUGUUCAACCUGCAGGACCCCACAGACAGUGGUUCCCCUGGCUGUGAGAAGGAGAGUCCAGCUGAGUUGACUGAGAGAUGCUUCAGAGAGCUGCUGGGUAGAGCUGCCUACGGGAACAUUAAGAACGCUAUCAAACCUGUACUAAUGCACCUGGAUAACCAUUCUCUGUGGGAGGGGAAGAGCUUUGCUGUUCGCUGCUUCAAGAUCAUCAUGUACUCGAUCCAGUCACAGCAUUCUCACCUGGUUAUUCAGCAGCUGCUGGGUCAUCUAGAUGCCAACAGUAAGAGUACAGCCACAGUGCGUGCUGGGAUAGUGGAGGUCCUGUCUGAGGCUGCUGUCAUUGAGGCCAGUGGCUCUGUGGGCCCAACAGUGCUGGAGGUAUUUAACACCCUGUUGAAACAGUUGAGGCUGAGUGUGGACUAUGAACUGACUGGAAGCUGUGACCCAUAUUGCAACAACAAGACAACUACUGACCAGGAGAGACAACUACAGGAGGCUGUCAUCAAGACCAUCGGAUCCUUUGCCAACACGUUGCCGAUCUACCAGAGGGCAGAGGUCAUGCUGUUCAUCAUGGGGAAGAUCCCUGUUCCUGGGAUAUACCCUGCCCUGGGCUCACCUAUCGCUGGGUUUGAAGGCAGUAGGAUGAUCCAAGUCAUGCUGUUGAAGUCUUUACUGCAGGUGACAGAGCGGUAUGAGAGUAGUAACAUGUUGGCAGCUCUGCCCUCGUCCUUCUUGGAGCCUCUCCUCUCCUUCACUCUGAUGGAAGAUCCUGAGAUACGACUGCUGGUACUCUCCAUACUCAUCAGCCUCAUAGACAGACACCAGAACACACACAAGUUCACUUUCCUCAGCAUCCUUUCAGAUAUCUCAGUUCUCAAGCUGAAGGUGGACAAGUGUUCCAGACAGGACAACCUCUUCAUGAAGAAGCAUGGCCAGCGUCUAUACAGACACAUCUUCCUGACUUGUUCAGAAGAGAACAGUGGGCGGAGCCACUACCAGGCUCUCUACACCCUAUUGGCUCUCCUCAGCGUGGAACUGGCCAAUGAGGAAGUGGUGGUGGACCUGAUACGCCUGGCCCUCGCACUGCAGGACCUUGCCUUGGCCAAUGAUGAGAGACUAUCUCUGUAUAAUCGCUGUGCUGUCCACGCCCUCUCUGCUGCCUACCUCAGCCUCAUCUCUCAACUCACCACUGUCCCUGCAUUCUGCCAGCACAUCCAAGAAGUGAUAGAGCUGAGACAGAAGGAGGUACCCUACCUGCUGCCAGAAGACAUCUUUAUUGAAAACCCCAGAGUUCCAGAGUCUCUAGAGCGAGUGGAGGGAGAGGUUUUGUUCCAGCAGUUUCAGAUCGCUGAGGUGCUGGGAGGAAGUGGCUACAACAUAGAAAUCCUGAACACACCGUUCACACCCCAGAUCACAGAUGAGGAUCGCCUGUCGAAGAGGAAAAGUAUAGGAGACACCAUCUCUCUUCAGAUGGACAUGGAUCCACGAUAUAGCCCAGAGAGAGAACAGAAGUCUCCAGCAGAACAGAUCACCUUUGAGACUCUGAAGAAUGCCAUCGUGGAUAGUGUGAAUGGCGAAGAGCAGGAGAGGGAGAAGAGGAGACUGGUGGUAGAGAGGUUUCAGACCGCCCCCUUCGAGGAGAUCGCUGCCCACUGUGGGGCCAAGUCCUCCCUGCUACAGAGUAAGCUGGACCAGAUCUUUGAGCUGACAAUCAGGCCGCCUCCCAGUCCAUCUGGCUCCGCCUCCCAAGGCCAGACCCCCACCCGCUCUGUUCCUGUUUACGAGAUGAAGUUCCCUGACCUCUGUGUUUACUAGACACAAAACACACACACAAAACACUCUCACACACACCCUGACCUCUGUGUCUACUAGAGACACACACACACACACACACAAAACACUCUCACACACACCCUGAUCUCUGUGUAUACUAGAGACACACACUCACACACACACACACACACACACACACACACACACACACACACACACACACACACACCGGUCUGUAUCCUGGUCUGUCCUGGUAUGUUCCCCACUGUUGUCUCUCUCUAGUGGGGACAAUCUGUAGAAUCCCUGUUGUCUCUCUCUAGUGUGGACAAUAUGUAGAAUCCCUGUUGUCUCUCUCUAGUGGGGACAAUCUGUAGAAUCCCUGUUGUCUCUCUCUAGUGGGGACAAUCUGUAGAAUCCCUGUUGUCUCUCUCUAGUGGGGACAAUCUGUAGAAUCCAUGUUGUCUCUCUCUAGUGGGGACAAUCUACAUAAUCCCUGUUGUCUCUCUCUAGUGGGGACAAUAUGUAGAAUCCCUGUUGUCUCUCUCUAGUGGGGACAAUCUGUAGAAUCCCUGCUGUCUCUCUCUAGUGGGGACAAUCUACAGAAUCCCUGUUGUCUCUCUCUAGUGGGGACAAUCUACAGAAUCCCUGUUGUCUCUCUCUAGUGGGGACAAUCUACAGAAUCUCUGUUGUCUCUCUCUAGUGGGGACAAUCUACAGAAUCCCUGUUGUCUCUCUCUAGUGGGGACAAUCUGUAGAAUCCCUGUUGUCUCUCUCUAGUGGGGACAAUCUGUAGAAUCCCUGUUGUCUCUCUCUAGUGGGGACAAUCUACAGAAUCCCUGUUGUCUCUCUCUAGUGGGGACAAUCUACAGAAUCCCUGUUGUCUCUCUCUAUUGCGGACAAUCUGUAGAAUCCCUGUUGUCUCUCUAGUGGGGACACUAUGCAGGAUCCCUGUUGUCUCCCUCUAGUGGGGACAAUCUGUAGAAUCCCCGUUGUCUCUCUAGUGGGGACAAUCUGUAGAAUCCCUGUUGUCUCUCUCUAGUGGGGACAAUCUGUAGAAUCCCUGUUGUCUCUCUCUAGUGGGGACAAUAUGUAGAAUCCCUGUUGUCUCUCUCUAGUGGGGACAAUAUGUAGAAUCCCUGUUGUCUCUCUCUAGUGGGGACAAUCUGUAGAAUCCCUGUUGUCUCUCUCUAGUGGGGACAAUAUGUAGAAUCCCUGUUGUCUCUCUCUAGUGGGGACAAUAUGUAGAAUCCCUGUUGUCUCUCUCUAGUGGGGACAAUAUGUAGAAUCCCUGUUGUCUCUCUCUAGUGGGGACAAUAUGUAUAAUCCCUGUUGUCUCUCUCUAGUGGGGACAAUCUGUAGAAUCCCUGCUGUCUCUCUCUAGUGGGGACAAUAUGUAGAAUCCCUGUUGUCUCUCUCUAGUGGGGACAAUCUGUAGAAUCCCUGUUGUCUCUCUCUAGUGGGGACAAUCUGUAGAAUCCCUGUUGUCUCUCUCUAGUGGGGACAAUAUGUAGAAUCCCUGUUGCCUCUCUCUAGUGGGGACAAUCUGUAGAAUCCCUGUUGUCUCUCUCUAGUGGGGACAAUCUGUAGAAUCCCUGCUGUCUCUCUCUAGUGGGGACAAUCUACAUAAUCCCUGUUGUCUCUCUCUAGUGGGGACAAUAUGUAGAAUCCCUGUUGUCUCUCUAGUGGGGACAAUCUACAUAAUCCCUGUUGUCUCUCUCUAUUGGGGACAAUCUGUAGAAUCCCUGCUGUCUCUCUUUAGUGGGGACAAUCUACAGAAUCCCUGUUGUCUCUCUCUAGUGGGGACAAUCUGUAGAAUCCCUGUUGUCUCUCUCUAGUGGGGAUAAUCUACAUAAUCCCUGUUGUCUCUCUCUAUUGCGGACAAUCUGUAGAAUCCCUGUUGUCUCUCUAGUGGGGACACUAUGCAGGAUCCCUGUUGUCUCCCUCUAGUGGGGACAAUCUGUAGAAUCCCUGUUGUCUCUCUCUAGUGGGGACAAUCUGUAGAAUCCCUGUUGUCUCUCUCUAGUGGGGACAAUCUGUAUAAUCCCUGUUGUCUCUCUCUAGUGGGGACAAUAUGUAGAAUCCCUGUUGUCUCUCUAGUGGGGACAAUCUGUAGAAUCCCUGUUGUCUCUCUCUAGUGGGGACAAUAUGUAGAAUCCCUGUUGCCUCUCUCUAGUGGGGACAAUCUGUAGAAUCCCUGUUGUCUCUCUCUAGUGGGGACAAUCUGUAGAAUCCCUGCUGUCUCUCUCUAGUGGGGACAAUCUACAUAAUCCCUGUUGUCUCUCUCUAGUUGGGACAAGCUGUAGAAUCCCUGUUGUCUCUCUCUAGUGGGGACAAUCUGUAGAAUCCCUGUUGUCUCUCUCUAGUGGUGACAAGCUGUAGAAUCCCUGUUGUCUCUCUCUAGUGGGGACAAUCUGUAGAAUCACUGUUGUCUCUCUCUAGUGGGGACAAUCUGUAGAAUCCCUGUUGUCUCUCUCUAUUGGGGACAAUCUGUAGAAUCCCUGUUGUCUCUCUCUAGUGGGGACAAUCUGUAGAAUCCCUGUUGUCUCUCUCUAGUGGGGACAAGCUGUAGAAUCCCUGUUGUCUCUCUCUAGUGGGGACAAUCUGUAGAAUCCCUGUUGUCUCUCUCUAGUGGGGACAAUCUGUAGAAUCCCUGUUGUCUCUCUCUAGUGGGGACAAUCUGUAGAAUCCCUGUUGUCUCUCUCUAGUGGGGACAAUCUGUAGAAUCCCUGUUGUCUCUCUCUAGUGGGGACAAUCUGUAGAAUCCCUGUUGUCUCUCUCUAGUGGGGACAAUCUGUAGAAUCCCCUCCAUUGAAAUACCAAUGGAACACCCCAACCUCUCUCUAUUGGGGACAAUCUGUAGAAUCCCUGUUGUCUCUCUAGUGGGGACAAUCUGUAUAAUCCCUGUUGUCUCUCUCUAGUGGGGACAAUCUGUAGAAUCCCUGUUGUCUCUCUCUAGUGGGGACAAUGUGUAGAAUCCCUGUUGUCUCUCUCUAUUGGGGACAAUCUGUAGAAUCCCCUCCAUUGAAAUACCAAUGGAACACCCCAACCUCUCUCUAUUGGGGACAAUCUGUAGAAUCCCCUCCAUUGAAAUACCAAUGGAACACCCCAACCAUCAUUGCAUGUAAUCAAUGCUGUUGUGUGUUUGUAUACAGCAAUAACUCUAUAUAGUUCAGCAAUAAUGUGACAUCACAAGAUUAUACAGAAAGUCUGUAUGUGUGUGCGUACAUACGUUGUACAUUCACGUGUUACUACUGAAUGUGAACCAGUGACUAAAGUGAAUGUUAUUGAGUGUUUGACACUGUGAUGUGCAUCCCAUGUACUGAGGAGUGGACCACAAAAGCAGGACCCCACCGUCAGCAAAGAUAACUUUAAGUUACUAAGAAUAUAGUAUAUUGUUUUAAUUUAUACAAUUUCACUUUUAAAUCGGUCUUCAGUAUGAACCACAGAAAGUUAGCAGGCUGAUUCUUUGAUUCUGUUUUGUGACAUCAUACCCCCCUGAACUAACCCACUGUGUACUAAUAUCAAUCAAACAACAGUGUCCGUAUCCAAUCUACUCUAUGAUAUUCUAUUCUAUUCUGCUCUGGUGUACUCUACUCUUCUCUAUUCUAUUCUACACUACAUUGAACUCCUCUACUCCACUAUAUUCUACUAUAUUCUACUCUUUUCUAUUCUGCUCCAUUCUGCUCUACUCUACUAUAUUCUACUCUACUCUGUUCUGCUCUACUCUACUCUACUCUACUAUAUUACUCUACUCUACUAUAUUCUACUCUACUCUAUUCUGCUCUACUCUACUCUACUAUAUUCUACUCUACUCUACUAUAUUCUACUCUAAUAUAUUCUACUCUACUAUAUUCUACUCUACUCUACUCUACUAUAUUCUACUCUACUCUAUUCUACUCUGUUUUAUUCCACUCUACUCUAUUCUAUGCUACUCUCUUCUACUCUGUUAUAUUCCACUCUACUAUAUUCUACUCUAAUCAAUUAUAUUUUACUCUACUCUAUUCUACUCUAUUAUAUUCUACUCUACUCUAUUCUACUCUACUUCAUUCUACUCUAUUAUAAUAUAUUAUACUCUUCUCUACUCUAUUAUAUUCCUUUCUACUCUACUAUAUUCUACUCUACUCUAUUAUAUUCUACUCUAUUCCAUUCUUCUCUACUCUACUCUAUUCUACUCUACUAUUUUAUAUUCUACUCUACUUUAUUCUACUCUAUUCUUCUCUUUUCUACUCUACUAUAUUCUAUUCUACUCUAUUAUAUUCUACUCUACUCGCUUCUACUCUAUUAUACUCUACUCUACUCUAUUCUACUCAUUCUACGCUACUCUAUUAUAUUCUACUCUACUCUGCUAUAUUCUACUCUACUCUUUUCAACUAUAUUCUACUCUACUCUAUUCUACGCUAUUCCACUCUACUCUAUUAUAUUAUACUCUAUUCUACACUUCUCUAUUCUACUCUAUUCUACUCUACACUAAUUUAUUAUACUCUAUUCUAUUACAUUCAACUCUAUUAUAUUAUAUUUUACUCUAUUCUACUCUUUUCUACUCUACUAUAUAUAUUUUACUCGGCCCUACUUUAUUCUACUCUAUUCUACUCUUUUCUACUCUACUAUAUUCUAUUCUACUCUACUCUGCACUACUUUAUUCUACUCUUCCAUUAUAUUAUAUUCUACUCUAUUCUACUCUACUCUACACUACUUUAUUCUACUCUUCUAUUAAAUUAUAUUCUAGUCUAUUCUAUUAUAUCCUACUCUAUUAUUAUAUUAUACUCUAUUCUACCCUUUUCUACUCUACUAUUUUAUAUUCUACUUCAUUCUACUCUAUUCUAAUCUUUUCUACUCUACUGUAUUCUAUUCUACUCCACUCUACCAUUUUAUAUUCUACUCUACUUCAUUCUACUCUAUUCUACUCUUUUCUACUCUACUAUAUUCUACUCUACUCACUGUGUCAGUGUAAUCUCUGUUUCCAGUAAUAUUCUGAAUGUCAAUAUUUAAUCAAACUCUGAAAACAGAAUCCUGUCAAACAAGACAUGCAGAGUGAUGCUGUGACGUCUUGUUUGAGAUCUGAUACUGGAUGCUCUGAUGUUUUGUUCUCAGCGUGCGUGUGUGUGUGUGUGUGGGUGUGUGUGUGUGUGUGUGUGUGUGUGUGUGUGUGUGUGUGUGUGUGUAAGGCAAAGUGUCUCUUUCAGUUCAUCUGUUGUAGUUGUUAUACUGAAACCAAUCUAGUCACAAUAUUCAUGACAAAUCAUAGCAAAAUCAUUGAUUUGUUCUAGUUGAUGAAUGUUGGUGAUGGUGUGUGAUUCAAUGCUUUUGUUCCUUGGUAUUAUCAUGAUCAUGCAUUGAAACCUAUUCUGUUAUUGGACCUCUGUGUAUGUCCCUACCAGUCCCAUGUCGGCAUUGGUUUGUACACCUGUCUGUUGAAGUGUGUGUGUGUGUGUGUGUGUGUGUGUGUGUAUGUGUUGUCUUACUCUUCCCUGACUCUGUGAUGUUAUGUCUAAUUGUUUCUCUCUGUCACAGCUGUACAUAGAAUAAUGAAUAUACAAUUAAAAUAUAGAAUUUUAA